GCCUCUACCAAACAGUUGAGAUGAUAAUUCAAAAUGAUUCAACUUUUAAUGGAUGAUUUUUCAGCUGCAAGAUUCAAGUUGACAUAAAGGCUGGCUGCUAUUAGAACUCACCUACUGAUGCCAUGAAACUGAAGGAGCUUGAGAGUUGUCUUCAGCAAGUAGAUGGAUUUGCAGAGCCAAAGAUCCUGCUGGAACAGUACCCCACCAGUCCCCAUAUAGCAGGAUGUAUGCUGUACACCAUCCACAACACAUUCGAUGACAUUGAGAAUAAGCUGGUUGCUGAUUUGGGCUGUGGAUGUGGAGUACUCAGUAUAGGAGCUGCAGUGCUGGACGCAGGAUUGGCCGUCGGAUUUGACAUUGACGACGAUGCACUUGACAUCUUUAAACAAAAUGUGGAAGAAUUUGAGCUGCCGAAUAUUGACAUGGUCCAGAUUGACAUCUGUUCUGUCGGAUCAUUAUAUGAGAAGAGAUUUGACACGGUGAUCAUGAACCCUCCAUUCGGCACAAAACACAAUCAAGGUAUAGAUAUGCAGUUCUUGAAAACUGCUAUUUCUAUGUCAAGAGGAGCUGUUUACUCACUUCAUAAGACAUCAACACGGGAUCAUAUACAGAAGAAGGCAAAUGACUGGAAAGUGAAAAUGGAAGUGAUUGCAGAGCUUAGGUACGACCUGCCAGCAUCCUAUAAAUUCCACAAAAAGAAAUCGGUUGAUAUUCAGGUGGACUUCAUUCGAUUUACUCCUUCAUGACACUUGGGGCAGACGAUCUUCACCAUGACGAUUAUGUAUGCCAUAAAUGUAUUUAAGAAUAUUACAUUCUUAUUCCAGGACUCUGCUAUAAAUAUAUUUGAAUAUUCUGGACAUUUCAGUAUAAAAUGGAAGUGUAAGAAAUACAGGAACUAGUCGGUUUGUUUCCUCUGACCUCCUCUAAUGGGAGUGAAACAUGUUUUGUAAGUAUUUAUCAUCAAGUAUUGAUAAUAAUUAAGCAAAGUAUUAUGAAUAAAGCAAAACCCUGUGAUUGUUUUUAUAUUAAAAUUUAUU